CAAAUGCAAGAGGCUAAAGAAACGCUUUAGUUUGACCCUGUCCAGCGCCUGUACCUGUAGUCUCGCAACUACAAGUUCCAACCUAUAACGGCUCGUGUAACAUCACAAGUCCCGCGCACAUUACCCUUCCCUCUGCCUAGAGCGGCCUGUCAUUACGCUUUCCUCGAAGGCUGCAGCUUAUUGGUUCCCCUAAACAGUCCCUCCUUGAGUAGAUAGCUAAGAUGGCGGCGAGUGUUUUUGUGCUGUGAGCCGAGUCGUUCGGAACCACAGAGCGGUGCAACUGUAUUUGUUUUUGCUUUAUCGCUUCAGGGUCUGACAUGUGGCCUCGCUGAGGAAGACGUGGUGGUUUAGCCCAGUCCGAAGCCCUGCAGGUACUGAAGAGCGGCUACACGCGUACAGAGAGAAGGAGGCCUUAGCCGGACAGAUAAUUUUGAGCAACAUGAAGAACAACAGAUUUAUGUUGGCUGGGAGUGACAAGCAGCAUAAAGAUGAUGAUGAUGAUGAUGCAAGAGAAGAUUCCACCUGGUCUAGUCUUGUAGCAUGUUUCACAAAAGAGCAGUGUCCAAUAUGUUUGAAUUUUAUGAGAAAAGAUGUUGCAUUUCCUGAAAACUGCUACCAUGCAUUCUGUUUCACCUGUAUCUUAAAGUGGUCUGAAACUUCCACUUCAUGCCCUGUUGACCGCAAACCAUUUCAAGCUGUUAUGAAAAUAGAUAAAGUUGUUGGAUGUACUAAGAUCCCGGUCAAGAUGAGGAUAACUACAAAAUCCAUAGAAAGAUACUGCUGUGACAGGAAACCGUGCUGUUCUAUUGGUAAUGCAAAUGGCAAAAUAUAUUUCAGAACUGAUGCAGCCAAAGAAAUUCCACUGCAUAAUUGUAAGGACAGCACUUGUGAGAAAAAGCGGUGCAUCAGUAAAGAGAAAACUGACCUGAAAUUGAAGAUCAAAAGAUUAAGCUGGUCCAGUGCUUGUUGCUCUGUUGGCAAUCCAGACAUAUAUUCUCCUGCUAACCCUUCUGGUACACCUAACCAUGUUAGUAGUGGUUCAUAUGUGCCACAAGAUUCUGAAAUCAAUUUGAUUCAAAUGAAGAGAGAUGAGCUAAGAUUCUUCAGGACACCAGCUGUGGCUCGUCAAACCCAAUGCAAUACACCUCUUUGUACUGAAAUGGAAACACUGAUACUUCCACUGCCUUCCUUUACAUUUUUUGACCAUAUCUUCCCAUUAAAUCACUUUUCGUCCAGAAAUCAAGAUUUCUCAAAAAGAACGUGUGCUCAUUCAGGGACACAAGAAGGCACUGAAAAGAAGCGGGUAGCUGGUGCUUCUAGUACUAGAGGAAAGAGGAAGAAGCCUGUUCAGUCAAGCACAAGGAGAAGGUCUACACGAAAUAGCAAAACUGAGGAUGCCAGUCAACUUCAGAGUUCCCCUAAAUCUAGCAAUUCAGAUCACGGUGCUACUGGUUGCAACAGCUCCUCCACUAAUGCAGAGUCAUCAGAAAAUGUAGUGAAGUCCCCACCCAAACAAAGGAAAAGGCCAAAGAAAAGAUCACUGGUUAGAAAGAGACUUAGAUCCAACACACAUACACAGGGAGAAUCUGAUGAAAGUAAGGAGAAUUCAGGAAGUGAAUCAGAACAAAGUAAUCAAAAGUCAAAGAUAUCAAGAGAAAGCUCUUCAGAAAUGGGACACACUGAUACAGAUACCUCUGCUGAUCAUGUUGCUGAAACGUGUGAGCAUCACAUGGAUGAACAGUCUUCAGAUAUACCAGUUUCUGAUACAGGCAAACAGUUUGAAGAACAAAGUUACGUUCUCUCUCCUCAAAUAGAAUCCUCUGAUAAAAUUCAAUAUUCACCUGACUUCCAAAAUGAGGACAGUUUUGAUAAAGACAUUGCAUCUCCUGGGUUAAAUAAUGGACAACAUUUGGGUGCUGAACCAGACUCCCCACCUUCUACAGAGCAAAUUGUAUUAUCACAAUCUGCUACUUCUGAAAAACAACUAGAUGCUGCAAGGGACACUGUUUUUUGUUCUGAAUGGCUACAUUUGGAGGAAACCAAUUAUCCUAGCACUGCAGAAACAGAGAAGUCACAGAAUUCACAGAGUAUACAUUUUUCAUCAGAACAAUCUGAUGGGCAGGAUCUGGAGCAUAAAUUACAUGCUGCAUCUUCCUCUGCUUUUGAUACUUUUCUAGAAUCUGAAAAUGCAAAAGUUUUACCAGUCAUGUCACCAGAAAAACUCCAUGCACCUGAGGAAAAUGACUCCACUGUUUAUGUAGAAGAUAAAUUGCAAUGUGAUAAACAGGAUUCUGAUAGAACUCAAUUAUCAGUCAGUGAAAGCCAUUCCAUAGAAAUCAACCCCGGUGAUUUCCCUAUUCCACAUAAUGGACAUAACUCUCCCCCUUCAUUAGAAAGCACUGUUGUAUCACAGACAGAUCAGGAAUCUCUAUAUUGUCCUGCCUCAGAAAAACAGGAACAGUCUCAAGUUGGUAGCUUUGCAGAUAUUAUGUCAAAGGAAACUCAUUUAGAAGCAACUUGUGAAUCUCCUGUUUCUGAAAUUCAAAGUUGCAGUGAAUCUUUGCUUCUGGAUAAGUUAACAACAGAACCAGGAGAUGACACAGCAAGUGGCUUUUCAGAACAUAAAGAAUGUUUCAGGGAAGAAACUAGUACAGCAAAUUUACCACAAGAACAUAAAGACAAACCUUACUUUGAGUCUAUAAACAUAACUGAGCUUCCCGAACAAGCAAAUUCUGCCUUUGCACAAAUGCAUGUCAAAGGGGAUGAUUGUGAAAAGCAAGAAAAUGCCGACAUUGAAAAUGGUAACACAACGCAUGUAAAUUUUGGAAGCACUAUAAACACAGGCACUGAUUUAGAAGCUCACAAAUUACACUUGCGUGUUAAUGACAGUGGUGAUAAUUCCAAUCUUAAUCUUGAGGAAGGAAAUAUUUGUAGAGAUGAUAAAUCUGCUUGUGAUUUUGUUAGUAGUGAUCAAAAACAAUGUGAAAUUGACAGUAUGCACAAAGUUAUGGACAAGGAAAUUCUAAAAUCUGAAUCUGAUUCUCAGGUGUCCGAAAAGGAAGAUAAAAGUAAUGUUCAAAAAACAGAAUCAAUUGAAGUUAAUGAAAAACUUAAAAAAGAAUCUCGUACAAGAAAAUCUAGGUUUCACUCUCCAUCAACCACAUGGUCUCCUAAUAAAACUGAUAUUAAAGAUAGACCAAGAUCUCGUUCAAGAUCUAAAGUAAGGGACUCUCCAGCUAAAAGGAGGUCUAGAACCCGCAGUAGGGACAGAGAGCGAGGGGGACAGUGGAAAGGGCGAAGUAGAGACCGUAGACAUAGGAGACAGUCUAGGUCCAGAUCUAAAAGUCGAUCUCGCUCACGAUCUGGAUCUCGCCCCCAAAAUAGAAGCAGAUUUUCUGCACCUGAUCGAAACAGUGAUAACCAUUCACCACACUGGAAAGACAGACGGUCACAUGAAAACUGGAGAGGUUCUAGAGGACAUGAAAGGUACAAAAGAAGUGAUAAUGAAAAACCUAACGAGCAUCUACGGCGAAAUGAGCAGUAUAAGUCAAAUGAAUAUUCAAGACGGAAUGAGCAAGCAAAGUAUAACGAGCACGUGCAUCAAAGCGAGACAGAAAAACGGUGGAAUGAAGCAGAAAAGCACAGUGAUCAUUUUCGGAGAAAUGAGUCAGAGAAGACGACUUCCAAUCUUCAGCUCAAUGAAUUAGAGCAAAAUAAUGACAAUUUUCCCAAAAAUGAGGCAAAUGUCCCCACUGACCAUUCUCCACUAAAAGACUCUGAAAAGGCCACCAAACAUUUAAUGCACAAUGAACCACAAAACAUGAACAGUGAACAUAUCCUACAGAAUAAGCCAGAGAAUCUUUGGCAGGAUGAAUCUGAUAGGCCAUCUAUCCCUUUACAACAGAAUGAGUCUGAGAAACCCAAUGGCUGUUUCCAGCAGGAGCCUAAAUAUCACAGCAAUUCAUGGCAAACAGAGCCUGAGCAACAUAGUGAAUCUGUCCAGUGCAAUGAAUCAGAAAAGGCAAAUGUAUUUCACCACAGUGAGCCAGAAAAGUCUGGAAAUCAUUUCCAGAGGAGUGAACCUGAAAGGAGGAAUGAGCAUGAAAAGUCUAGUGAUCAUUUUCAGUGGAAUGAACCUGAGAAGAAUCGCAGUUAUUCCUGGAGGAAUGAGCUUGAGAAGCCAGACAACUCUUGCUGGCCAAAUGAGCCAGAUGUACCAAAUGAACAAUUUAGAAAUGAAAAACAUAAUACCAACAGAGAGCGAUCUGAGCAAUAUCCUGGAAAUAAAAAUCAUUAUCCAGAUUGGAUGGCAGAAAAUAAUAAAUCCACUGAAAAAAGAGGAAGAGGAGCAAAUCGAUCUAGAGGCUAUACAAGGGGAUCGUCCUGGUCCGAUAACCAGUACCAUUCAGGUGAUUCAUGGAAUAGAAAUAUGAAUUCCGAAUGGAGGGCACCUAGAGGGCGUGGAGGUCGUGGUCGCGGUGGGUUCCGUGGUGGAUUAAACUUUGGUGACCAAAACGAAAAUCGUUGGAACUCUAGACAGCCUUUCUCAGGAAAUUCUCAAGAUUUUGGGCCUGAGCCCUCUGGAUUUACGGACAAUAGAAAUUUUAGGCCAAAAUAUGAACAAGAACCACCCAACGCACCUGCAGACCGCUCUGGAUGGUCAUCUGCAUCAAGCUGGGCUGUAAGGAAAACAUUACCAGCUGAUGUUCAGAGUUAUUAUUCAAAGAGGGGGAAAAACAAUGCAGGCACACAGCCAGGGUGGUCAAGACAGGAAGUGUCUCAGGAUCAAGAUCAAACCAUUAAAGAUCCAGCAAGUCAGCAAGCUGAACCAUCCCAAGUCCCUGUGAAUAUCGUACAGCCUCAAGUGAAUGUAGUGCAGCAACAAAUGAAUCCACCUCCUCAGCAGCCUAUGAAUAUAUUUCCAUAUCCUGUGGCCGUCCAUCCUCCCAUAGUAAACAUCCAACACAAUCCAUUUAAUAUUCCUCCACAGCUACCCAUGCAUCUGCACCCAGGGCUGCCUAUAGUUCAAGUGACUGCUCCUACCACAGUUCCUCAGGGACUGCCUCCUCCUCCACCACCUCCACCACCAACACAACAAAUAAACUAUAUAGCUUCACAGCAAGAUGGAAAACACUUGCAGGUCAAUCCCAGUGCUUCUCAUGUAAGUAGUAACCUGAGUGCACAGCUCUUGCCUGCUCCAACAGCACCCCAGGGAAUUGCUGGAACUAUCCUGGGACCAAAUUCAGGUAGUGUUGCAACCUUAAGUCAUCCAGUUAAAUUCUCUGCAAGAAAAGAAAGCAUAUCAGUGGAAGCAACCGCAGAUAGCUGCAAGAAGGGAAAGAGAUUUCAAAUACAAGAGAGAGCAGCACAGGAAGUCAAAAUAGCCAUUAAACCAUACUUUCAAAAUAAAGAUAUAACAAAAGAGGAAUACAAGGAAAUUGUAAAGAAAGCAGUUGAUAAGGUUUGCCACAGUAAGAGCGGAGAAGUGGAUUCGUCUAAAGUUGCGAAUCUUAUAAAGGCUUACGUAGACAAGUACAAACAUUCUAGGAAAAAAGGGGACUGAUGAAACACUUUAAAGCGGAUCAUCCUUCAAUCAUGAGUCAAAUGUUGGAUAUAAUUGUGAAAGUGCAAUUUCUGUGUCUCGGAAUAGUUCGCUGCCAUCAUUGGAAUCAGGUUUUGAUAAAAUAAAUUUUCAGUGUAGAAAUGUUUGAUUACAUUUAGAGAUGGUUCCCUUCAUCCCCCCCCCCCAAACCACCAAUGCAUUUUGUUUUUACUAGCAAAGAUAUUAUGGUUUAAUAAUGAUGUACAGCAUUUUGACUUGAUUCUGUGUGUAAAAUUAGAGAUGUCUGGAUACUUGGUUCUCAACCAGGUACAGUAUGUACAAUACAUGUAAUCUGGGUAAACUUUCUGAUCACAGGGCUCACCUUGAUUGUGUUUUCCUCUUAUUGUAGUGAAUUGUUUUUCUGGACUCAUUUUGAGCUUAACUGGACACACUUUCAGUGUACAUGAUGUAUUAAAUUGUCUGAAUCUUGAUAGAGAAUCUGUUUAGAAAAUAAACUUUCAGAAUAACAGUAUGCUACAGCAAAGCUGUGUCCAAUAAAUAUAUAUAUAUAUAUUUUUUUAACAUGGGCACCACCUAUGGCAACACCAAAUAAAUACUAUGCUGCUU